AUGUCUGGCAAGCCAGAUCAUACUGCGCUUUGCGAUGUUGCAAGGCUGUUCGGGGUCCCUUUGGAUGAGGCCUGGGGACAGUACGUCGAGAGUCGAGGCUUUACGGAGCUGCACGAAGUACUACUCGGCAUUUAUGGGGCAGAAGAAACACUGGAUGAAUACCUCAGUCGUUUUGCCACCGAACGAAGGCUAGCCGGAAUCAUCGAUGCCCCAGACUUUUCCGGUAGGAGUGCACUUGCAUGGGCGGUCGCGUACGGCUGGGCACGUGCAGCGGCAUCUCUGGUUGCGCACGGCGCCAAUGUCAACCAGCGGACACCGUCCGGACUCGGUGAACUACCCGUGUUGCACAUUGCGCUUGCCGGGCCCGCCUCAGGCGAACCGACGUGCGACUUCUUGGCAAUAGUGUCGUUGCUUCUUUCCGCAGGUGCCGAUCCUAAUGCUGUCGACCAUGAAGGUUGGACUGCUCUGCAUAUCGCUGCAUCAUGGAACUCUUACGAUGCCAUUACAAUUUUGCUGCGCUGCAGUCGUUCGCCCGUCAACAUGAGCGCUCUCAACUACGAAGGCAAAACGGCUGCACAGGUGGCAGUGGAAAGCGGGGCGGAUCUGAUCAUUGCUUUCCGUUACUCCCGUCAAUCUCGUCUCACUAAGGCCAUAAGACUGAAGCUUAUGUUGUCCGCCUCGAUUCGAAUGCAGUCUCGUAUGACGCUUGGCACACCGGAACCGAGCAGGUCAGCUUCAGGCAGCAACACACCUCUGUCAAGCGGCCCUUUCCGGUCACCGUCCAACUCAUAG